GUGCAUGUGGAGUGCUGAUGGUUGACAGGGCGAAAGAGGGCGGUCAAAACACAGACGCGGUAAACAGCGUGCCUUGGCUAUGGUUUCAUAUCUAACUCCAAGGAGCUGGAAUACUUAAUUUGCUGUUAAUUCAGAGAGCUCCUCAUCUACACCUCAAAGACAGCCACGCAUGCCCCAGAGGACCUUUGCACAGCAGCACUUCAUGCCCGCCCUGGUGAUGCCAUGCCCCGCAAUCACAGCGGAGAUGAAGGCGGUAGGGGGCUCUGGAUGAAAACCUCUCCCGGCCACCGCGCCGAGGGCUAUGACUUGAAAGAUGUGGAGUCCGGCGGAAGGAUGAUGAACAACGCCAGUGCUGGGGACGGUUUGCUGUCGGCCUCCAGCGCUACAGGUGCCGGGGGUUCGGAGAGCCUGAGGGGAAACAAGGGAGCCCGGCUCAGCCUGCUGGGAAAGCCGCUGAUAUACAGCGCUCAGAGCGGCCGGAGAAACGUCCGUUACCGAAGGCUGCAAAACUUGCUGUACAACGUGCUGGAGAGACCACGAGCCUGGGCGUUCAUCUACCAUGCGUUUGUGUUCGUCCUGGUCUUUGGUUGCUUGGUCCUGUCUGUGUUCUCCACCAUUCCAGCUCACCAGGACUUCUCUUCCGACUGUCUGUUGAUCCUGGAGUUUGUGAUGAUCGUGGUGUUUGGGCUGGAGUACAUCCUCAGGAUCUGGUCGGCCGGCUGCUGCUGUCGCUACAGAGGAUGGCAGGGUCGCCUCCGUUUCGCCCGGAAGCCGUUCUGUGUCAUUGACAUCAUCGUACUGAUAGCCUCCAUAGCGGUGGUGUCGGCAGGAAGCCAGGGUAACAUCUUCGCAACGUCCGCACUGCGUAGCCUCCGCUUCCUGCAGAUCCUGCGUAUGGUGCGCAUGGAUCGGCGCGGGGGCACCUGGAAACUGCUGGGAUCAGUGGUGUACGCACACAGCAAGGAGCUGGUGACGGCCUGGUACAUUGGCUUCCUGGUCCUGAUCUUCUCCUCCUUUCUGGUCUACCUUGUGGAGAACAAGUUCAACAGCGAGUUUGCCACCUAUGCUGAUGCCCUAUGGUGGGGAACGAUCACCUUGACAACCAUUGGUUACGGGGACAAGACCCCAAAGACAUGGACCGGCCGCAUGCUCUCGGCUGGCUUUGCACUAUUGGGUAUCUCUUUCUUUGCCCUGCCAGCGGGUAUACUGGGCUCAGGCUUUGCCCUGAAGGUCCAGGAGCAGCACAGACAGAAGCACUUUGAGAAGAGGAGGAACCCAGCCGCUUGUCUCAUCCAGUGUGUUUGGCGUAGUUAUGCGGCUGAUGAGAACUCGGUUUCCAUUGCUACCUGGAAGCCUCAUUUGAAGGCGUUGCAUACCUGCAGCCCUACAAAGAAGGACCAGGGUGAAUCGUCCACAAGUAAGGUUCUCAGUAGUAAGCAGAAGCUACUGAGGAGGUGUACCCUACGGAAUCAUGCUAGCCAGAAGCUGAGUUUCAAAGACCGGGUCCGGAUGGCGAGCCCCAGGGGGCAGAGUAUCAAGAGCCGGCAGACAUCGAUGAGCGACCGGCGGUCCCCAGGGACUGAGGCUGGGGGUACGGAGGGCACCAGCCCUGCCAAGGUCCAGAAGAGCUGGAGCUUCAAUGACCGCACCCGCUUCAGACCCUCCCUCCGCCUCAAGAGCCAAUCACGCUCCACUGCCGAUGCUGACUCAAACAUGACCACUGAGGAUGGGUUUGGUGAUGACAAGGGCUGUCACUGUGAGAUCUCUGUGGAGGACCUGCUGCCUUCCGUCAAGUCUGUCAUCCGAGCCGUCAGGAUAAUGAAGUUCCACGUGGCCAAGAAGAAGUUUAAGGAGACGUUGCGACCAUACGAUGUGAAGGACGUCAUAGAGCAGUACUCCGCCGGACACCUGGACAUGCUGUGUCGCAUCAAGAGUCUGCAGACACGGCUGGACAUGAUAGUGGGGCCCCAGCCCCUGAGCAGCCGAGCCAAGACCUUUUCCUCUCCCUCCCUGCCCAUGUAUUACAGCCAGGGCAGAAAGAACUCCAUGCAGGGAGUGGACCAGAUCCUGGGUAAAGGCCAGAUUCCUCUGGAUAAGAAGAUCAGGGACAAGCUGCUGUCUGAUGGAGACCUGAUGGAGGACAUGAGUAUGCUGGGACGCGUCUGCAAAGUGGAACGGCAGGUCCAGUCUAUUGAGUCGAAGCUAGACUCCCUAUUGGACAUCUACCGGCAUGUGUUACGUAAAGGCUCCUCGUCUGCCCUCACACUCUCCUCCUUGCCCCUGUUCGAGCUGGAGCAGACCUCAGACUACCAGAACUCUAUCCUCUCCAAGGACCACUCCACCUGCUCUACACAGGUCAGCAGCACCGGAGGUGGGAUAGGGGGCCAGGGGGGGUGUGUGACCCGCUCCUCCACCAAUGCUUCAAACCUGUCCCGGGGUCUUCACCUUAUCCUGGCACCACCCACCGAGCUCAGCCUCAACACCAGUACCACCUCACCUUCCACCGGGGGGCCCCCGGCCUCCUCGUUCAGUCCGUCGCCCCUUCCUCAACACCACCACCACCAUCAUCAUCAUACCCUGCCGGAAGGUGGAGAACCAGUCCAUAGGGGAAGUUCUUCUCACUCACCUCCUAUUCUUACUCCUAAUUGUGUUUCUGGGAGUGGGGGGUUUCCUACUCUGGCCAGGCCCCCACCGCCUCCUCCCGAGCCCAGCCGGACAGUGGGUCACUCCAGGCCGGAGAGGGAGGUGGAGGUGGGGGACUUCUGUGGAAGCCCGGAGGAGAGGGAGGACGGUGGUGUGCUAGGCCCAGGACAAGGCCUCAGACUGGGGAGGCUGGGGCAGCCAAGAGGGGGGUCCAGUGGGAACAGCAACAGCCGGCCCUGCAAUGCCAAAGAAGAGGGCUCCUGGAGGAGAAACACAAGCCUGGAGAUGGAGCCCCUGGUACCCCUCUCUUCUGCCCUGGGAGGAGGAGGCCGCUGCUCCUCCGGCUCCAACCCCAGCCAGGUGGACCGAGGCAAGUCUAUGUCCAUCCAGGACCUGGUGCAGGGGGGGACUACCACCUCCAGUGCCCUGGAGAGCCACCACCAUCCUAGCCUCAGCCUCUCGUCCCCCAGCCCCUGCAGCAGCGGCUCCCCCACAGGCUCCCACAGCAGUCAGGACCCCGGUGGAGGGGGCGGCGGGGGCGGCUGGGGGGAGGAGGACCUCUUUAUCAGCGACAGGGACGUGGACGCCCUCCCUCUCCCCCCUGAGACUCGGGGCGGAGCCUUUGGUUUUGACUUCCUGUCCCAUGGAACAGCCGACGCCACCUCUUACUCUUCAGAUCUACUGAGGACAGGGCCGGGACUUGGGGCGGGGUUAGGUGCUCUGGCGGGGUCCAAUAGGAGCCUGGCAAGCGGGAGCGGGAACACAUCGACACCCCCCUCAGUCGGGAGCACAGAGUCCCUGAGCAUGCCGCACGUACGGCUAAAAUAAGACACACCCCGUGUCAGAUGGACCAAUCAAAAAGACUCACCUUACAGAGAUGCUCUUUAUUCUAUUUUGGGAGGGGGAGGGGGAGGGGGAACAGGGAGGGGACUAUAAUGGUUAUUUCUGUUUAUUUUUAUGUUGAUUCAUUUGAUAAGAAGCAUAGUAUUUUUCAUACAUGUCGACCAUACAUCAACAUAUCAUUGCAUGAAUUAUUCUUUUUAAAAGUACGUUUGAAGAAAACAAAACAAAGAAAAUAAAGGUUUUAAGAGAGGGAGAGGUGUAUUAAAAAGAGACUUUGAUAUAUAAAAAGAAACAAGCAAAACUUGAUCCUGAAAGACAGUGAUCUGUGAUCUCGACACUGCAUGAGCACUGCAUGUUUUCAGUCCAAAGUUCAUGGUAUUUACAACUUACCCAUAAGUCUUCAUUCAUUAACACAGGAAGUUGUUGACGCGUAUAGGACUUAUCGCAAAACCCUUCUAGAAAACUCUUCCUUCAUUUGAAUACACAAUCAUGUACAGUGACAGUUAAAGUGUGGGGCAUCCUAACUUAUAAGACUAUAGCAUAUAGGGCAAGUUAAAUGAUUACAUGAAACCAAUAUCAUACUGUUAUCCAAAGCUUUUUGAAAUGAAUGUUGCCUCAACACGACCAAGUUUUCACCCACGUCAGUUCCCUAUAAUAGUUUCUCAAUUGAGAGACUAUUGUGGACAUACAAUGGUACAAAACACACCUCAUUGUAAAGAUAGGCUUGCCAAGUCCACUAGUUUGAGGUCAAUUAAAUUCUGCCAACAGGUCACACACACACACCAAUAGCAUACAUACUGUAUAACCAUUGUACACAAGCUGCUACACAUAGAGUCCCGGGAAAGGAAUAGCUGCUAAAACAGGAGAGGAAUAGCUGCUAAAACCAUAGAAAUUGAAUUACUAGAAUACGGUCCACCCGUCAUGACACAGUUGAAUGGGGAUGCCCGUUCUAGUAAUGAUAUUUCUAUGCCUAAAACACAGUUCAAUUAUGCAGCCUGUGGGGUUUUCUCCCCGACGACCAAGGGAUCCACAUUCUGAAUGGGAUUUCUUGAGAUACCUGUGUCUCUUCUCAUUGGAAUUUGUACUUUUUUGUCACUUCUAACACACAAGAGCAAAUCACGAUGAAGGGAGAAAAAUGUGCAAAAAUAUAUUUUGUUAUCCGAGUAAGUGACCCUCUUUUAAUGAAAUGUAGAUACUUGCAGUCUUACAGUACAUGGUUUCAGUCAAAAUCACACUCACCGGCUGUAAUUCUUUUAAUAAUUUAUAGUUUUGGAUGCUUAUUCAAUUGCUUAAACUGAAGUUGACAUGCUGUAGAAUGUAUAUAAUGUUAUGUUAAUAAUCUGUAAGUUAUAUUUUGCACACAAUGGCAAGCAGUGUGAGUGACAUCAUGGCUAAUGCUAACAACAAUUAGACCUUUUGACUUAAAGGGAUAAGUCACCCAAAUCACAAAAUUACGUAUUGUUUUUCUUACCCUUCAAGCAGUCUUUGGACAAGGAGAGAUGGCAAUGAGGGACAGCGAGUUAUUUACAGGGUACCAAAAUUAAAAUGUAAUUUGGUAAUUUGGGUGGACUAUCCCUUUAAAUGAUACAGAUUCAGGUACAACAGGGACAUGUUCAAUAGGGCACAAUGUAGCAAAACAUUUUGAAACGGAAUGCAAAAAUAACUCAUUGGACACGCUCAGCCUCAGGUUCUAGGCUACCUCAUCGGUUUCAAAAUGUUUUGUAACAUUCCGUGCCUACUGAACAUGAUCCAGGUAAGGACUCUUGGAUGUUUCACCAAGGGGGAUGUUUCAAAGGAGCGAAACCAAUUCUAAACAACAUUAAAUACAGUAUGAAAUUGUUCUGUACGCUACAUCUAAAGCCCCAGUACACAUACCAUUGAAAACAGAAACAUUAGCAGAAACUUUUAUGGUCGAUUAAAUCCUUAUUGAAGGCUUUACCAGAAUAUGUGAAGUAUAUAAAACGUGCAGUACAUAAUAUGGUGCCUUUCUUAGUGAUAUACUGUCCAUUUCAACAUGUUCAUUUGCACCCAAUUGUUGGCCUUUUGUGCUGAAAUGGUCGCACAUCCUUGAUUUUUGUUUCGUCCCUUGUAAAAAAAAAUAUAUAUAUCUGAUUUGGGCAUUAUUUAUCCACAGACAGACCAUGUAUUACCACGUGAAACUGGCCUUUGGAAAUGUCAUUAGUGUCUCAAACGAUCGCUAUCCUAAUUUAUUUAAAUUAUGUACACAUACCUAUACGAUAGUAAUAAUUUCAGUUAGCUCCAUCAAGCCUGUAACGUCAUGAAAAAUGCUAAAGGAACUUUUAUUGUCAUACAGCAAUAAAAAAAAGGAAAUUCAA